AUGAGUUAUGCAUGCCCCAUCGCCGUCUCUCUGAUCUUCCGCCGUCGUGAGGAUAUCAAGAACGGCAGCUUCAAUUUCGGCAUCUUCGGUCUGAUUGCCAACAUUUUUGCUCUUGGUUGGAGUGCUCUCGCCAUCCCCCUCUUCUGCAUGCUAACCCUGAAGAAGGUCACUUUGAAAAGCAUGAACUACGCCUCGGUAGUCCUCUUCGGGACUAUUGUUAUCGCUGCCGUCUGGUACGGAAUUUAG